AAAUUAUAUUAUUUUAUCCAAUGCGCGUCGACUGUUUUGGCGGGGCAAUUGCAUUUGUUUUCCGAUUAUCCACCGGGAACGAUGGAGAAGAAGAUGGAGAAGAUGGUGCAGAACAAUGUCCAGCAGCUCGGGAAUCGCAUCCCAAAGGCUAAGCGUGCCCAAACCAUCCUUGACAUGGCGCGGCUACAGCACGAACUGAAGCGGCGUGUGGUUGACGUCGACGAGGAUGCUAUUAACGACUCCACGACGGAUGGCACGCCAGGGGUACGGUCGAUCGAGUGGCAUACACCAGGAACAGCCCCGACAACGUUACCGACACCCACACACAUCCAUGACGUUCGACCUUCGGCCACGCCGAGCAAGAAACGCCGUAUCAUAGACGUCAAUGACAACACCGUCAAACCGCCAUCGAAUGUUGCACCAGCCAAACCUUCACUACCGCAUGGUACGACCGAAAUCAACAGCGUUGCCCCCCCGCCUACAUCCUCCUCCACCAUUGCGACUCAUGCCAUCCAGAUGAUUCCGCGAACUGAAUCGGCGCAACCCGAGCCACAACCCGCCUAUGUCGCACGGAUGGUAAACCUGGACCCGGCGCAACGCUUCAAUGGCCUAAUGCAGCUGCCGCCGCCAACGCCAUCGAUGGAUGCCAUGCAGCUAACGGCCUCGUCGUCUUCCAUGCCACCACCACGAACUCCGCCUCUACCCAAGUUGGCGGCGCCGCGCCCCCCUGUCGCCACACACAUUCCAGACAUUGCUGCUGCGCCUAUCAAGCGAACGUCGCCGCCUCCACCAGCCGCUUCUUCUCCCGCCGCUUCUUCUUCGCUGUCGAAAGACACUUCAAAGUCAGCGAUGGCCAAGCCCAAGGCUCUGUCUGCUCUCUCGACCAGCUUCAAGUCCAUGUGCUUCUCCACGGAAGACCCCGUCACGUCCAUCGAUGCCACGCCCGACGGCCAAUGCGUGAUCGCCGCCUUCUCCAAUGGAUCUGUUCGGCUCUUUGAUGUCAACAGCACAUGCACCGAAGAACGAUUUGGCUAUCUCUUGGGCCAUUUAGACGAAGAACUGAACCAGCAAAUGGCGCCGUCCGUGGUUCGCGUCAAGGUGACGGCGGACGGAUGCUACUGCUUUGUGGGAUGUCGAGGGAACACGCCCAAGACCAUCAUGGCGAUUCAUUUGGAUAAAUUCAGGCAUGAAAAAGACAACGACGACGACGACAAUUUGCAAAAGUACUUUAUGAACGAUUCGAAAAUGCGGGGCUUUGCAGACGUGUCGCCGAAUGCAUCUGCCCCGGGGAACCCCCUUCGAAGCUAUUACCUUGUCGCAGGGCUGGGCGUGGGUCAUUAUCGCGUGUGGAGAUUCGACGAACGACCGCUGGGGGCCGACCCUUCCUGGACGUACUUGCAUCAAUUCGGCGCAUCCAGCAACACAGCACUCCAUGCAUAUAUCUUCUCCGUGUCGGCCACAACCAUCGGGUUUGCGGGCGUGGGCAGCGACGGCAAUUUAAAACUCAUCACGUUCCCCACCAACCAACACUCGCAACAUACCGCCGAAUCCGUCCAAAAAGUGAUCCCCAACACCUCGGACAUUUCGUACAUCAAGGGCGACUUCGCGUACGGCUACGCCACCGCCGGUCGGUUUUACCGCCUCGCCCUCUCCAAUCCGACGCAGCACCGCGACUCGUUUGAUCUCGUGGUGGACGCGGCGCGCAAAAAUUCGCGCUCCAUCGGGUUUGUCGAACACAUUUGUGCCACGGAUGAUGGCGUGCACGUGGUAGCCAUCACAGACCAAGUCGUGUACUAUUGCAUGACCGACGGCGCGGCGUCCACGGGCAACUACGUCAUGCACAUGAUGGGGGCGUCGAUUCCGUCGCAGCUGGUGCCGCGGUACGGCGUCCCGUGCGCCAUCUACGUGCCCAACCACGUGGCAGUCCAGGAGCCCGUGCUGCUGCUCACGACCAACGCCGAAGAAGAGAGCGACGGGUUCUUCACAGUCGACCCCGUUCGGAAGCUGCAGCGGCAGAUGGCCCGCGGAAAGCCCGCGACCGGAUUGAACUGCUGGGUGUGCGGCAGCCACUCGUCGCUGCAUUGGGGCCUCAAGUCGGGUAAACCAAACCAGAGUGUGGGAACAACGACCAUCACUCCAAGCAAAGCCAAAGCGAAACCACCAGCUAAAGACAAGCCACAACCAGUGGCACAUGUUCACACUAAUUUAAGUCAACGCCACGCGGCAUCCCAGCGACCUGCGCCACAAGGAAUGACUGGUCCACCUCGAAGUGGUACGAAUACUAUCGAAAUCCAAGACCUGCAAGAGAACGUGUUGACGUUGGAGGCGGAAUUGGCUAAAGCCCAAACUCGAGUGACGCAAGUGAAAAACGAAGCGGACCGGCGGCUGCGGGCAGAGUUGCAGCUGCGACGGUCUUGGAAAAAGCAGCAAUUGGAGUUUGAAGCCCAACUGGCCACUGCAAACGCCAACGUGGACAACUUGACGAUUCAAAACGUUGCGAUAAUGGCGCAAUUCAAAGAAAUGGAGACGAAACUCGCCCACGACGCCGUGCGGCACGAACAGGAAGCAGGGGUACGGGUACAAUACGAUCAACUGUGUGGCCAAGUACGCGACAAGCUGAGCCGCGUAGACGACCACCAAAAGAUUUUGGAGCAAACGACCAAGUCGUUGCUCCAGCAACUCCAACGCAACUCGCAGUUGCUCAAGCACGACGGCGCCGAGACCAACGUGGAAACGGCCAAGUCCGAGUGCGUCAUCUGCCGCGAUCGACCCGCCAACACGGCCGUGUACCCGUGUGGACACUUGUGUUUUUGCCAAGAAGAUGGCGAAAAGUAUCAGAACCACCUGCGCCACCAAAAGCAGUGCCCCGUGUGUCAAGUGGAAAUGAUCUCGCUCUUGCGCAUCUACGCUCCUUAGUAGUAGUAGCUCCACUGUACUAGUAUAUGUAGCCUCGGUAGUAAAGAAAUACGCAUGUAUGAACCAAUG